UCACCUGGGAUCAAAUUCACGAAACCCUAAACGGACUGAAGAAAGGGGACAAGAUGGGUGGAAGAGAUGACGAAGUUGACAGAGGUAAAGAGAAAGAAGAAGAAGAGCAAGACGGCAUGUCCGUACUCUCUCCCUGCAAAGCUCUACCUUCCUCCGCUUCUUCUCUCUCCAAGGAGCAAUCACAGGUUGAAUUGGAGCUCACGUUAUUAGAAGCGCUUGAAAUCUAUCCUCCCGUUAAACUCCGAGGCAUACAUCGUCACUUUGUUCUUUACGGUUUGAUGGAAUACCUCGGCAGAAGCUUUGAUCGACAGUUCACAGCGGAUGAGGUUCUGCAGCUUCUGGAUCGUUUCUACAACAUUGAGAUGCUGAAAUCAGAUGAUGAGGACAUUGACAUUCUUAACCACGAAGAAGACUUCACCUUGCCGCAGAGUUACUUUGAUAAGGAAGAACAAUGACAUAAACAGAAUAAGAAGGAUUAGUGGUCUUUGCUUCAUUCUCACCCAUCUUUUUUGUAUAUAGUUGAUUAGGUUUGUCCUCAGCUCUUAUUCUAUAGUAUGCAGUAGUAUUAAUAUAGAACCAUCAGAGAGCAUUACUGAUCUUUUCAUGAUGACACUUAGAGCCAGUGUUGUGUUUGUUUGGGUGUUUCUAAUAAUACAGUUGAUUGUGCUGUA